UUCGUCCGAGCCAGCAGCAGCAGCAUAAAAUCGUUUCAAGCAACAUUACGGGACAGUGCACAGUGGAAGUGGCAGCAUCAAAAUCAGAAGUGCGUUUUAAUUGUAACAAGGAUUCCUAAAUAGAACCUGGUCGCCGUAGCCGUUACGGUCCCACCAAGGUGAAGCAGCUGAUUUCUGUGUCGUAGCAUCGCAAAAGCAUACACAAAACAAGCGCCAGCCCACGGAGAAAGUGCGUCUCGGUUAAGAGAUCGCUGGAUGGGGGGAAGAACCCGCGGGUCGACGUCGGUCCAGCGUGAUGGAAUCGGCUACGGAAGGUGAUCACAAUUUGUCCAGCGAGUCGGACCAGCUGUUUGGUGAGGACCAGGAGGAACCUGUGCUGGUUGAAGUGGCCACCAACACGGAGAUGGACGAAGAAGCCCUCGUUCCGGAAGGCGGAGAAUCGAGGGACGACGACGAGGAAGAGGUGGAGUAUGGUGAUGAGGAAAUACUGCUUGAGGAAGAGAGCGAGGACGAGCAGCUUUACCACCCCGCAAAUUUGGUCCCAGUCGCGGAGACAUCGGAUCCUGCAGAGUCCGCGAAUGCGCUGGUGAUCGAGCAACCAACGGUCAACAUGGAGAUUGACCUUGCCCGCAUCCAACAGCCCGGAUUUCUCUCCCCGGUCAUAAUCUUGAACAACAGUAUGCUCAUGGAUCCCGUUCCGGAAGCGCAGGCCACAAUUGAAAUCGUAGAGGACGACGGGGGAGCAACGGAAGAAGCGACGGCGAACGAUGAGCAGAGAACGGAAGAACCUACGGCGACGGCGGCUGAUGAAGCGAUUAGAGCCAUCACGGCGGAGCUGAGAGCCACCAGGGAGGGGCCAAUUGUACUGAUAGAGGACACGUUACGAAUGCAGGGAGGUGCACCGGGGCAGCAGGACGUGGCGCUAGCGGGCCCGUCAUCGUCGUCGGUGGUGCAAGUGAUCUCCGAGUCGCCCCGGAAUCGCAAACGUCGCCGAACUCUCACCCCACCCAAACCUCCGCCCGUGUCGUCCUCCGGCGGUGGCCAACAGGCGCCGGACGACGACGAUGACGACGGGACGAUCUGUUCGAUUUGUCUGGACAGCUGGACGUUGACCGGCGAACAUCGGCUGAUCUCGCUCAAGUGUGGCCACCUGUUUGGGUACAUGUGCAUCAAGCGCUGGCUGCAGGACAAUCCGGUGCAGAGUCGUUGCUGUGCGACGUGCAAGACGAAGGCUAGCCUGCGCGACAUCCGUCCGCUGUACGCGAGGGCCGUGCGGGCGGUUGACAACUCGGAGGAGAUUCGACUUAGGCAGCAGGUCGACGAGGAGAAGCUGAAGGUUAGCAAGCUUGCGGGUGAACUGCAGGUGUCUCGGAUGGAGCUGGAGGUGCAACGGACGGUGGCGAGCGAGUUGCGGGCCAGGUUGAAGGAUUACGAGCAGCGAGGGGUUGCGGGCGAGUUGCGCACGAACGCGUCGUUGAUGGGCGAAGUGUCGAGUAUUGCACGUAUGGUGAAGAAUUACCGGAUAGCGUUGGACAAGACCAUUGAGCUGUGUCGAGAGCCGGGCUGUCGCGUGAUGGCUUACGGCAGUAAACGGCAGCACUUGCUGGUGUCGCAAAAGUCUACGCAGAACCUGUUUCCGGGAUAUUCGAUCAAGUUUCUUGACAUUCCAUCGUUCCAGUUUUCGUCGGUGCUGCACAUCUCGGGGAAGAUGAUCCGAGACAUUACCAUUGAUCUCGAGGACGAACUGUUCACGGCGGCCACCAGCGAACGGUGCGUGAAGAUGUUUACGUUCAACAGCCGGUCCGUGAUGACGUUCACUCCGCCCGACUCGAACGUGUGGUCAUGUGCCUUUGACCGAGAGCGUAGCAAGUUCCUCUACCUGGGCACCCAGUCCGGCGGGACGUACGUGUACGAUAUUCGGAAUAAUCAGCAGCACGUGGAGGAGUUCCGCACUGAGGGCGACUGUUCACCGAUCAUCAACAUCUGCCCGGUGUCGCCGACCAGUUCAAUCCCAUUUGGAGGCUUUCUCGUCUGUAAGCUGACGUCGUGUUGGUUCUUUGAGUACACUGCCGCGCAACGGGUUGAAUCCACCCGCCUGAACGUGGACGGGCCCUUCACGGCGAUGAACUUUUGCGAAAAGACUGGCUACAUCAUGCUGACGACCCGGCCCAGCAGUAGACACCCGCGUGCCCGUUACAUCCUCGCCAGUCUCGUCAAACUGGACUCGAUCUGCGCGCUUCACAUCGUACACACGAUCGCCGGCUCAAAGGUCGAACCCAACAUGAUCCGCAGUGCCCAGGUCAGCGUGGACGACAACAAUACCCUGGUCGCGGCCUACCUGCAGGACGAUCGCCAGCUGGCCACGUGGAGCGCCAGCAAGGGCAACCAAAGACUGCAGAGCUUGCCCGUUUCGGACGUGCUGUGGGACAUCUGUCCCGUGUACACCGACAACCAGGCCUUCCUGGCGGCGCUGUCCGACACCAAGUGCCGCGUGUACCGGGCCUACACCGAGUAGCGAGGCCCGGCGCGACCCAUUGUUGAGCGUAAGUACGUUUUGUUGACAGAGAGUUGAUGAUGAUAGUUUCCAAAGGUACCGUGUAUUAGGUUGACCAUGUUGCUCCUGCUAGGGAUUAAGUUGCGUGCGUGAGAAAGUGGAUCUUUUUUUACCACCACAUUCGUACAAAUAAAGCCAUACAGAUGUA